AUGUUGGAAUUAUUAGCUCAAAUAAAUGCUUCUAUGGAACAAUUAAAGCUACUUGAUUAUUCUGGUGCUCUAAACUUAGGCUCUCUCCGACUUAGAACAGAAUUUACUGUUUCAAUUUUUUAUAAAUCAAAAAGUGCAGGUGCUAAAGGUGUGAAUUCAGGGAAAAAGAAGGGCGAACAAGAAAUGCAAUUAUUACUUUUUGAUGGCGGCAUUCUUUUAUGUAAAGAACGUUUACAGACAACAACUCAACAAGGCUGUAAAUAUUUUGAACAUAAAUUUUGUAUUCCAAAAGAAUCUUUGGGUUUUGCUGCAAGUUCUCGUUUUUCUAAUCAAAAAUUUGAAAUAUGGGACACUGAUAAAAAUGGAAAUUCUGCCAGUUAUUGUUUUGCUAUGCAUCCAUUGGAUGAAGAAGUUAGGGCAUUAUGGAUACGUAAACUGUCUAAAUCAAUUGCUUUAAAACAAUAA